AUGAUGGUAGUGCCAGGAAACGCCCCAGUCAUACAGCAGGAUCAUGCUCUGGAGCCUGACUUAGGACGAGACUCAACGGAGAACUCUGCCAUGGGCCCUGACACGGAGCCGGCGUCCGAGGAGGUUGGCCCAGAGCUAGAGGAGGUCCGAAAGCUGCGGGAGCUCGUGAGGAGACUGGAGAUCGAGAAUCAGCACCCAAGAACAAAGAGCAGCAGGAGCAUGCUUGGGACAAACAUGCAGAGCGAGAUCCAUGCUGGUGUGGAUAACCAUGACUCUGGUCUUAAUGGGCUGGAAAUUAAUAACAGCAUCAAUGCGAUAACGGAGAAGCGAGAAUUGCAAAUAAUGGCAGAUCUGCACAACCAAUUAAGCAAAAUAAGAAAAGAGGAAGGAGAGAACAACUGCUUAAAAAAAGACAUAGAUGCCCGAAUGCAAUAUAGUUGCAAUAGUGCCACUGAGGAAUUGUCUUCCAACGUGCGUAAGGCGGAGAUGAAGACCGAUGAUAACGUUACAUCUUCACGUAUGGAUACAAGUAAUAGCACAGAGCUUAUGGGAAACGUGGUCGUUGCAGGUAUUCAUUCCUCAGUUAAAAUAAAUGAACAAAAUCCCAAUGAAAAAUGUGGAGAUCUAGAAAGUCUUUCGAAUAACACAGAUCUGGAUGAAGUGAAAGUGUUAGAACUUGAAAAUUGCAACGAAGAAGAAGAUAGCUGGUACGUAUUUCAAAACGUUAGCAAUGCAUGGAACUUACGCUGCUGUGGUUGGGGGUUUCUGAGUUUAGGUGUGCAAUAA